CUCCCUUUCUGCUCGCGUGAAGAUGGCCGGCGGGACUCUGUACACGUACCCCGAUAACUGGAGGGCAUACAAGCCCCUCAUUGCUGCUCAGUAUUCCCGCUUCCCCAUCAAGGUCGCCUCCUCUCCUCCCGAAUUCCAGUUUGGACUAACAAAUAAGACACCGGAGUUCCUAAAGAAAUUCCCCUUGGGCAAGGUACCGGCAUUUGAGGGCAACGACGGUUUUUGCCUUUUUGAGAGCAGCGCCAUUGCUCAUUAUGUGGCUAAUGAUGAGCUCCGAGGAAGCAAUAAUCGUUUACACCAAGCUCAGGUCAUUCAGUGGGUCGGCUUCUCAGACAGUCACGUCGUCCCUCCGGCCAGCGCAUGGGUUUUUCCCACUCUGGGGAUCAUGCAGUUUAAUAAGCAGGCCACAGAACAAGCCAAGGAAGAGAUAAAGACUGUGCUGGGUGUUUUAGAUUGUCAUCUGCAGACAAGGACGUUCCUAGUGGGCGAGAGGAUCACACUGGCUGAUAUAACUCUUACAUGUUCUCUCCUGUGGCUCUAUAAGCAGGUCCUGGAACCAUCUUUCCGCCAGCCUUAUGGUAAUGUCACGAGGUGGUUUGUGACCUGUGUGAAUCAGCCAGAGUUCCGUGCUGUGUUGGGAGAAGUGAAGCUUUGUGACAAGAUGGCACAGUUUGAUGCCAAGAAGUUUGCCGAGGUGCAGCCCAAAAAAGAGACUCCCAAGAAAGAGAAACCAGCAAAGGAGCCAAAAAAAGAAAAGGAGGAAAAGAAGAAGGCAACACCCGCUCCUGCCCCGGCCCCCGAGGAUGAACUGGAUGAAUCUGAGAAAGCUUUAGCCGCAGAGCCUAAAUCAAAGGACCCGUAUGCACAUUUACCUAAAAGUUCCUUUAUAAUGGAUGAGUUUAAGAGGAAAUAUUCCAAUGAAGACACCCUGACUGUAGCUCUGCCUUAUUUCUGGGAGCACUUUGAAAAGGAAGGCUGGUCCAUCUGGUACGCAGAAUAUAAAUUUCCCGAGGAGCUGACACAAACCUUUAUGAGCUGCAACUUAAUUACAGGUAUGUUCCAGCGUUUAGAUAAACUGCGUAAAACUGCCUUCGCCAGUGUCAUCUUGUUCGGGACCAACAAUAACAGCACAAUCUCUGGCGUGUGGGUGUUCCGGGGCCAUGACCUUGCAUUUACACUCUCUGAAGACUGGCAGAUUGACUACGAGUCGUACACCUGGAGAAAGCUGGAGAGUGACGGUGAGGAGUGCAGAACGAUGGUCAAGGAAUACUUUGCCUGGGAGGGAGAAUUCAAGCACGUGGGCAAGGCCUUUAACCAGGGCAAGAUCUUCAAAUGAGGAGAGACGAUCUCGUGGUCCCCGUAAGAUACGCGAGUCUGGUUUUCACAUCUGUUCCAACAUCCAGAGCCUUUUAAUUUAACAAGACUGCAAACGGAAAAUAAAAAAAACUGAAAUGAAAAA